AUGAGUUCUCAGAUCCCCUCUGUCGGCUUCCACCCCGCCAACCCAGGCGAGCACACCCACACUGUCAUCUUCCUCCACGGCGAAGACGAGACGGCCCGUCUCUGUGCUCAGCGUUUCGGCAGACUCACCGGUUCGUGUGGUCAAACUUUGAGACAGGAGUUUCCCACCAUUCGCUGGGUCUUUCCCACUGCCCCGAGCGCCAACGGGUGGUUCCCUGUCCGGUUUAGAGAUGAACCUACUACCGACCAGCAUCUUCAGGCCGAGGGCCUUGGCAUUGCCGUUAUGCGUCUUCGAUCCGUCAUCCACAGAGAGGCCGAGACCCUGGGGCGUAGAUACCAUCGAAUUGUCAUCGCGGGCUUCAGCCAGGGUGCCAGCGUUGCAGUCCUCACCCUGCUCAACUUCAAGUUCCCCGGACACCUCCAAGGCUUCCCUCGCCUCGGCGGUCUCUUUUGCGUUGCAGGACGUCUGCCCUUCGCCGGCCGUGAUCUGGAGCAGAUCCGAACCCUUCUCGACCUCCCCGGCAAGCCCACCAACAACUUGGUUGUCUCUCACACUCCCAUCCUCGUCCAGCACAACCACGACGACCAAGACACCCUCGUCCGACACGGCUGCCAGAACUACGACGGGCUGGACUUUGUUGGCGCCAACCCCAUCUGGCGCGAGUACCUCUGUGGUGGACACUGGUUCAACAGGCCCGCUGGAGUUGAUGACCUUGUCGCCUUCCUCGGAACGGCUCUCGGGAUUGGACGCUGGGGACAAAACCGGGGCGAUGUGAUCUGGUCUGGUCGACUUCCGAUGCCCUCGCAGGCCGAGGUUGCCGCCUACUUUGGCAAGACCGUUGGUGAAGAUGAAUGGUGA